AGAUCUUGUUGCCGUGCCUUCUUCAUCGUCGGUUCAAGCCGGAUAAGCGACCAAACUCCCACCUUGGCUGCAAUCCGGCACCCCGCCGAAAUUUCAUCCCUCGUCGUCGUCUCCCUCUCUCCCAGCUCCAGCCAUGAAAACUCAAAUGCCUCCGCCCCCUCCCCGAAACCCUAACUCCUCCUCCUCCUCCAUGCCGCCUCCCAAACCUUUAUCGCCUCCCCUACCGGCGCAGCCGGAGGCAGAGGCGCCAUCGAGGCCUGACGGCUCAGCGGCUGAGAGUACUAAACCGAGCCCCUCCUCCUCUAUGCCGCCUCCACCGCCACCAAGACCCUCACAGCUGUCGGAGUCGGAGCCUGGCGUGCCGGUGGAUGUGAGCGCUAACCUCAGCCCUAGCAGUGGGGACUCGCCGGCGGAGGAGGCUGGGAAGCCCGGCGACACGGAGAUGACGGAGGCGGCGCUUCCCGAGCAGCGGCAGCAGCGGCCGCGCGCACCAUACGCUACCCCCGACUGGAGCGCCGCCCCGGACCACCCCUUCUUCCUAGAGGUGCUCAAGGACGGCGCCAUCUUCGAAAAGCUUGACGUGUCCAAGAAAGGAGCUUACAUGUUUGGUCGAAUUGAUCUAUGCGAUUUCGUACUGGAGCACCCGACAAUUUCUCGGUUUCACGCUGUUCUGCAGUUUAGAAAUGACGGGGACGUUUUCCUUUAUGAUCUUGGUAGCACCCAUGGAUCUUCCAUCAACAAAAGUCAGAUCAAGAAGAGGAUGUACACAAAGAUUCAUGUUGGAGAUGUAAUUCGAUUUGGGCAAUCAUCACGCUUGUACAUCUUUCAAGGACCAUCUGAGCUGAUGCCUCCAGAAAAAGACAUGCAGAAGCUCCGUGAUGCCAAGAUUCGGCAAAAUAUGGUUGAUCGUGAAGCUUCCCUUUUACGUGCGAAAACUCAAGCAGCUUUAGCAGAGGGUAUUUCAUGGGGUAUGGGCGAAGAUGCAAUUGAUGAAUCUGCAGAGGAUGAAGCAGAUGAGAUAACAUGGCAAAACUACAAAGGUCAGCUUACUGACAGACAAGAGAAAACACGUAGCAAAAUAAUAAAGCGGAUGGAAAAGGUUGCGAACAUGAAGAAAGAGAUUGACGCAAUAAGAGUUAAGGACAUUUCUCAAGGAGGGUUAACCCAAGGUCAACAAACACAGAUUGCACGAAAUGAACAAAGGAUAUCUCAGAUUAUGGAGGAGCUAGAAAAUCUAGAAGAAACAUUAAAUGACAGUAUACAAGAAAGUCUUGGUGCUCGUGCUGGAAAACCAAAACGUGGUAGCCAUAAAGCAAGUCUCGAGGAAGAAGAUGACGCAGUUAGCGACGACGAUGAAUUUUAUGAUCGGACAAAGAAGAAAUCAUCUAGUGAUCAAUCAAAUCUGCAACCAUCAGUUGAGACUGCUGAUAGUCUUCUUGACAAAAAGGAUUCCAUCACCAAUGAUAUUGAAGGUAAAAAAAAGUUGCUUGAAGACGAGAAGGAUAAGCUGGCUCAGAGAGAUAAUGCAGAUCCUGGGGAUGACCUUGAUGCUUACAUGAGUGGAUUGUCAUCUCAAUUAGUAAACGAUAAUAUUGCCCAAAUUCAGAAGGAGCUUUAUGAUCUUCAAGCCGAGCUGGACAAGGUUGUUUACCUACUGAAGGUAGCUGAUCCCAUGGGAGAAGCAGUUCGCAAGAGGGAUCUAAAGCCAAGAGAAGCAAACCAUCAAGUAUCUAGUGACCCAAGAACUGAUUUCCAAAAACAAGACAAAAUUGCCCAAAACAAAACCUCAACAGAGGAGAACCUCAAGGAUUCUUGUUCUACCAAAACAGAACUGGAUAAACCGGCUGAGGUACAAACAGAUGUCUCCAACAAUCGAGAGAAUGCCACCAAACCUGCAUUCACCAUACCAAAACCCCAGUGGCUUGGUGACAAGAGAAUCAUAGAACCUGAAGAGAAUUGUAUAAAAGAAGGAAAUGUGAAUGCUGACGAAUCUGAUAAUUUUGUGGACUACAAAGAUCGAAAAACUGUCCUUUCUAAUUCAGCCAAUGAAAAAGAUCUCGAAGAGGCUGCUCCUGGACUUAUUUUACGGAAGAGAAAAUCUGCUGAUCAGUCAGCAGGCACUCAGGCAGAAUCAUCUUCGGUUGAAUCUGAAGCAUCAGCUGCUGAUGCCGUUGCCCUUUUGCUAAAGUACAGACGUGGUUUACAAACUUCAGAAGACAUGGACAACGAGAAUGAACAACAGGACAGCAAGAGAAAAGGGAAAAAGUCAAAACAAAAACGUGUACUUGGUCCUGCAAGACCAGACUUUCUUGAAAAGGGUCCAGAUUAUGAAACAUGGGUGCCACCUGAAGGUCAAACUGGUGAUGGCCGCACUUCAUUGAACGAACGCCUGGGCUAUUGAAGUUUUAUCAUCCUAGGUUUCACCACUUCCAUUGCGAAGGGAGAUGAAGUAGCAAUCACCUGUGUUACUGUAAUAGUUUUGUGAGCACGUGUUCAGAAUCCCUUUUUUCACCUGGAAAUGUGUUCAGAAUCUUCAGAUGGCAGCCAAGCCUGUUGGAUAGACAGAUAGUGGCUCGGUAUAGGCGUAUACUCGGAAGAAACUGCGUAGAAAUCAUCAAAGGCACAAGACUGAGUAAAUUUGUAUGUUUGUGGUUACUGCGUAGAAAUCAUCAAAGGCACAUAGAUAGAUCUAUUUGUUGAGCUUUUUGGAUCUAUGGCAGAUAGAUGAUAGAUCAAUUUCUUGAGAUUCCUGGAGGACUUUGUUGAUCUU